UUUGGAGUGACUUGAACUCACUGUGACUCAGACAGCUGUUGCCUUCAGACUCAGACAGCAAGUGGCAGAUCCUCUGCAAGCCAGGUGGUAAGUCUGCUCGCUUAAGUAUGAUUCUUCAUCCCACGAACAUCUGCUUCUUUUUACUCUACUUUUCAGUGGUGUUCAAUUUAAAGGGCUGUUUUCUUGCUCCAGUAGGAAUUCACAAUAACAGCUCUUGUAUACCUUCAAUUGUCUCCACAGUUUUUUUCAUUUUACAAACUCAAAUUAACUGUUUGAUUGUUGUGUCUCUGUAUUUGACAGAUCCCUCAUCCUUUCAGUAGAGAUGGCACAACCAACGACAGAGAUGCCAGCUACAACAACAAUAGACUAUGAUGCCUUCUAUUCCAACCAAAACAUCACAGCCGUUGCACCCUGUGACAGGUCCACGGACAACUAUAUGGGAGCUUACAUGUCCACUUUCUACUACUUCAUCUUUUUUGUCAGUGUCUUGGGUAACCUGUUGGUUCUGGUGAUCAUUCAUCGGUGAGUAGACCACAUAACCUGAAACCUGAAUAUGAACACUCACUUAUAUACUAGUAUACUAGUAUAUAUAUAUAUAUAUAUAUAUAUAUAUAUAUAUAUAUAUAUAUACACAUACAUACUAGUACCAUGGCAAAAAUAAUAAAAAGAGAAAAUGAGACCAGAAACUGAAAAAUUCUGCAAUUAUGAAGUUGCAAACUUAUGAAACAAAAAAUAUAUUUUGAGGAAAAAUAACAAAUUUGUGUGAAAAACCAGCAAAUUUCUGAAAAUGUCUUAUUUUGUAAGAAAAAAAAGACUAAUUUUGAGAAAAAGUAAAUUGCAAAUUUGGGGGAGGGGGGUAGCACAUUUUCAAAAAUUUCUUUUUUUAAAAGAAAAAUACAGAAAUUUUGAAAAAAAUAGAGAAAAUGUUCAUUGCAAAUUUUGGCAGGCCAAAAACUGCGUAUGUGUAAAAAAAAAAAAAAAAAAAAAAAGAGAAAGAAACAACUUUGUGAUUUGUUUUGGGGGGAAACAAACAGAAAAAGUUUUCAGAAAAUCCCAUAGUCUCUUAUUUUCACACAUCAGAUGCCACUGAUGUGUAGCACACCUGUCAUUCUGGACCUUACUGAAUUGUACUUUUUAAUCAGUUUUAGCAUUUGAUUUUGAAAAUAAAUAGAAGCUUCAUCCGUGGUAUGGCCCAGACACUCCACAGUGAAAAAAAAAAUGUUUUUUUCUACUGUUUCCUUCAACUGUUUUUAUCACAAAUACUUUUUGGGCAAAUCUGCAACUUUGUAACCCCUCUAACUUGCAACCUUUUCUGACAAAUUUGCAACUUAAAUCUCAUAAUAGCACUACUUCGGCAGUUUUUGUACUACUAUUUUUCCACAAUGGCUACUGUUCUCUGGAUAUUAUAGUGUAUGUGAUGAAUGUGAGAUGCCCCUCUGCUGUGCUAUUGUGUUAAUAUGCACACCAAACACAAAUCAAGCUGUUCUGGAGUUGUGACACAAAUGUCAUGCAUCCGGCUGAAGCAGGCCUUUUGAAUUAUUCAGGGCAGAGUGCUCCAUUACUUUGCAAAUGUUACAGUUAAGUAACAACAUCACCAACAGCCCCAUACAGUUACAGUGAAACAUUCACUAUCUGCUGUAUGGCGAUGGCCAGGGUAAAAAACAUACGAUUCAUUGUGGCUGCAAUUCAUUCUGAGUGAAUUUGCAGGACGGAGUAUCAAGGCCACAUUAAGAAUUUUUUAAAAAAUCUUUUAAGAUUGGUUCCUCAUUUCAGUACAGACGCUUAAACUGAGACCAUAAUUUUAUCAGGAGUUUUUACUAAAAAGAUAAUGACUUUAGUCUUGUAAUACCGUGACUGAACAAUAGCUUCAACUUUUUAAGGACUUUCAAUUUUGGCGCCCCUGUGUACAAAGCCGUCUUCGCUUAUCUUGUCCUCUACAUGCCUCAUUCUGUCUCCAGAGAAAAAAAAAUCUCAUCCUAUUGACUUUCAAAUGUGUCAUUUAUUGUGAAUAGUUUAUAUGGAAAACUGUAACAACAGGGCUGUUUCUGCAGCUGCUGACACCUACUUUCUCACAAUGGUUUCAGGCACUAAAAAUGCAGUUGAAAAAUCACUGGUUUUGUCACUGAUGUUUUAAGAAAAAAAACAACAACAAAAAAAAAAAACAAAAACACUUUAAUAUGAAUUUCAGCCCGUUUUAUCAAUUUUUAGCAACUUAACUCUGUUGAAAUAAGAUUGGCCUACUCAUAUUUCUUAAUUUCAUUUAUUUCUUAAUUUAAGAAGUUCACCACUGUUGCUAUGGUUACUAAGCUAAAAUACUGUCAGCAGUUUCUUAAUUUUGAACAGUGAAUGGAUUAUCUAAUUGCAACAGCUUAAGAAGUUCCACAGUUGUGCAUAUACCAAAAGUUAAUUGACACCUUCUAGCCAAUCAGAACUGAGUAUCAGGGGAGCCCAUGGUAUAAUAUGCAUUAUUCAAACAGCUGUACUCAAACUACACAAUAUUCAAUUUUCAACACUGGUGGUCACAAUACAUUCAAUUUAAAACCUAAAAAUCUUAAACAAUUGUCAUAGCAGCCCAACAAAGUUUUCAAAAAUAUUAGUCAAAGCAGAACAAAGAUAACAGUCAUUUCUUGCAUAAUCAAAAAGGAGUGGUCCACUGAUUACUGACUCAGAUAUAGGGCGUCAAAGCUUUCCAUCAAACAUGACUGUAUUGAUAACUAAAGACAACCCGGAAAUUCGUGUAUUUAAUGUUGAAUAACAACAUCUAAUGCAGGACAGAUAAUUAUUAUCAGUGCAUGGACAAAUGUGGGCUGUAUCAUAAAUUACUGUUGAUUCCACAUCAGCUAAAGGCCAAGUCACCAUGACUUUAUUUAACAAUUAAGAGAAGUUCAUAUGCUGUCAUUUUAAAUAAAGUUGGCUGAAUUUUAAGAUUGUGACAGUAAACUUCUGUUUCUUUAUUAACUUGAUCUCAGUGAAAACCAUUUACUGAAUAUUUCCUUUAACAUUUGGAGGUAAUAAGCCACGGUAAUGUCCACACUUCCGGUAGUAAUUCAUGUCACCUACAGUAUAUAAUUCACACAUUAUUCGACAAUAACUCUAGUUUGUAUAUGUUAUUGAGGUGUUGGUGCUUAAUGUUGAGGAUAAAAAUAAUAAAACUAUUAACUUAAAUGAAGCAAGAAGGAAAAACUUUGAACUUUUAUAUUUUAAAGCUUAUUUUUGACAGUUAUGAAACAGGCUGGGAUCUAAUAAUGCCCUUUUACAAUUUACAAAAGCAGACAAGACUGUUGGCGACAAGACAGAGAAUUGCUUUUGCAAUUUCUACAUAACAUAUUCUCGAUGAAUUAUUCAAUCUCACUAUUGAAAGACAGCAGGAUGAGAUUUUAUUUUGUCAGAAGGCACUUUUUGAACAUGAGGGGCUUUGUCCACCGGGGGCCCCAAAAUUGAAUCGAAGAGCAGCUACUUCUGUAGACAAGAUCUGGAGCUGUAGUUAUGGGCUGUCUCCACGGUAAACUUCUAGGCCUACUACUCAGAUGUAAAUAAGCACAGACGGCAGACAUAACAUGGAGCAGUUCGAUAGUUUUUGAUACAGAAAAAAGAGGGUAAGCUGUGUUUAGUUUAAAUGGCAUAAAAUCUCUAUGUUGGAGCAAUAAAUAACAGGAACAGGCAUGAGGGCGUUAACCGUUCUCAUACUGUUUAACUGACAGACCCAACAUUUAGCCAAGUAGAACAAAUUGUUAAAUAAUGUCUUUUUUUCUGCAAGUUGGUUCACUUUGUCACAUUAGUAACAAGAUGUUAGUAACUUCAGAUCAUUGCUGGUUAAGACUGUCUACUUUUCCACUUUUGGCAAUGGGAGACUUUUGCCCACCCGCCUCACUUCACCCUGACAUUUAGGGAGGGAAUAUGGAAGGAGUAGACCUACGACACGCUUUGAGAUGUUUUCUGGUUGUCAGGAGAAAUGACAAGCGAUGACAAUAGCUCCUCUACUCUUCUCCCUGCAGGAGAGGAGUAGAGGAGCAAUUCAGGGGGUAAACUUCUUCAGUGUGAGUCCCAAGAGUUUCCUCUGCUCUGUCACUGUCUACCAGCUGUCCCCUCCCUAUUACCUCCAACACUGCUGUGGAAACUUUUGAAGGUUCUUGGACACAAAAAGACAAUGUGAAUGAGGAUCAGCAAAGUAUGACUGGUUACAAACAGGAUGGAGGGAUUAAUCAAAAUACAUUAAAAGAGGUUAAAAUGAUACCAAAAGGGUUAUAACUACAUCAAAGUGAGAUGAAGAUCAUUUCUUUAUUUUGAGACUGUCAUUUAGAUCUGAAAUAUGAAUUUUGUACAAUAGCUUGACUGUACAAAUCUGUUUUUAACAGUUACAGUGCCCCUGAAGAGUCAAUGGCACACAUGUGUAAGGAAGGCAAUGAAGUAUUAUUUCACACAGUCAAUCAUGUAAACAUUAAAGAAAUGCAAAUUAAUUUGAAAAUUCAAUCUAAUGAAAUGUUUUUGACUUUUUGAAAAUAUUUAUUCAUUGCCAAAAAUUUGUUUCAGGGCCAUUGUACAGAGUAAAAUAAAACCUGUCAAACUUGCAUCAGAAGUCACUGUCGUGUUUUUACUCAUGAAUUUAUAUUUUCAAAAGGAUGUUUCCACACAUUGUCGACAUGGGGUCACAUAUCUGCAAGUUUGUUUUUAAUCUGAAACUGCCAACAAACACAGUCAGAAGUUGACAGACUCAGAUGCAUCAUAGUUAGGAAUUCCUGUGACCCUUUUUUUUCUCUCUCUUUUUAUCUUUAAACCACCAUCCCCAGAUUUGAGAGGCUGACCACUGUGACCAACAUCUUACUGCUGAACCUGGUGUUGUCAUCUCUGAUCUUCAUGUUCAGCCUUCCCUUCUUGGCGGUCUACCAGCAGCGCUCUGACUGGAUCUUCGGGGAAGCCAUGUGUAAGAUUGUCGGCACCAUCUACUACCUGGGCUUCUACAGCUCUGUCCUCUUCCUCACUCUUCUGACCUUUGACCGGCACCUCGCUGUUGUGUACUCUCUGAGUGCACCUCGUAUGAGAAAUCAUCGCUACGCCACAGUGUCCUGUGCUGUUGUGUGGCUUGUCAGCCUCUUGGUGUGCGUCAAGGAGAUGCUUCUCCACGCCACAAAAGUUAGUGGACAGGACAACAGGACGUACUGCCAGGACACAGGGGGAAGCUUAGGCACAGAUGUGGCGGAGCGUCUGAGAGAAUCUGGUUUUCACAUUCAGCUCUUCCUUUUCCUGAUCUUCCCUCUGAUUGUGAUAACUUACUGCUAUGUUAGGAUUACUAUCACUGUCCUAGCAUCCCAGCUUGUUACCAAGUUUAAAACAGUUAGGCUGAUAUUCUUCAUUGUUGUGUUGUUUUUUGUGUGCUGGACCCCGUACAAUAUUGCCACGCUGAUGAACGAUAAACUCCAUCAAGGGAAACCAGCUUGUAGUGAGGUAAAGAAAUAUGCCUAUAUUCUUCAUGUCACACGUAACCUGACCUACUUUUACUUUUGCAUCAGUCCUAUCUUCUACACAUUUGUGGGGAAAAAGUUUCAGAACUAUGUCAGACAGAUGUUAGUGAAACGUUUCCCACGGUUGAGGGGACAUAUUUCCAUCAGUGGGCAAGAUCAAUGUGCCCACAGCAGAUCUAUGUCCACAAAAAGCACGCAGAAUGGGCUUUAGAAAGGAUGUGGUCUUUGUCUCUCGUGGUUAGAUGAGCUUCAGAGAGUUGGAAGAAAGCAUUGACAGAGAUUCAUAAUUUCUUGAGAAACUGUCAUUUUGAUGCUUCAACCAAAAAUAUAAAAAGUGCCCCGUUUCUACCCACAAUAGAAAAUGGAAGGUGGAAUGUAACUCAUACAGUCCCACUUAAAAACUACUGAAAUAUCCCUUUAAGUAAUACACACAUUGAAUCUACCUAUUUGAUCUUAUUUGAGAUUUUAUUUUAAAUAAAUUGGCUUUUUAGAUAUUCUAGGUUUUCAAAGGUAUGCCAGCUCUUUGAAUUGAUGACAACAGAAAUACAAUAUUUUGGAUCUCUUCAAUAUUAAUAGAUAAAUAAAUAAAUAAAUAGAAUCACUAAUACUUGAUAAAGAAAAAAAAUGUGCCAAACAAAACAAAACAAAACAAGAAUAAAAAUAAAUUUGGAAUAGAGUGUCUUAAUGUUUAAGUAAUGUGUCUUGUAAAUUAGAGUAUUUAAUUUCUAAGCUUCUUGUAGUGACUUUCUGUGCUUUAAUAGACGUAUGUUCAUACCACUGUAUAUAACUGGUUGGUCUACUCUAGUGGGCAGUAAAGGGCCUCUCUGUGCUGGCUGAAACAUUUAUAUUAAUUUUAUUUAUAAAGCACCUUUAAAAACAGAAGUUUACAAAGCACAAUGAAUAAUAUAUUCUAAUAAUAUUAUAGAAGCACUCGAGAUACAAAUCACAAAUCUUUAAAUAGACGGAGGAACAGGAGCAACUGGCUGGCUAGUGAAUUAGCAAGUUAGCUAGCUAGCUUUGUGUGUGUGGAUAAAUAUGGAUAAAUGUGAGGUACUCUACCUGCACUCGGCACAAGUGUCCUUGCAGGUUUGGAAGUUUUUCAGGGAUCUUGUAAAAAUGCCAGCUUUUAGAGAUUGUGUAAAGCAAACUUACAGACAUACGUUUCAAUUUUACAAAACAUUAGCUAAAAAAUAACUUUAAAUAUCACAAAAAAUGAGCAGUCAGUCUAAUAACCACUCAGUCAAUAUGUCCAUCAAUCAUUGUAAAUUAUGUAUAUAGUGCUGACUGAUCUCAAGAAGUUUGCAGUGACUGCAAUUAAACAAUAGAGUGUAAAUUAAGUAAAGUUUAUCAGGUUUUGUGGUGCAUCUUCUUUUGUCUCACCUAAUUCAAUCUAUAGCACUUUUUCCUGACCAGUUUUCCAUUACAGAUGCAAUAAUAUCAUUACUGUGAUAAACAAGUGAAAUUUGUUCACGUUUAACUUACAACCGUCUGCAACAGCAAUGUAGACAUCAACUCUUUAGUUCCACCAGCUUUUAUGUGUGCACUGAUUGUUCGACCUCAGAACAAAAAAAAAUUGCUGUAUUUUUUCAGUAUGAACACAGGAACUGUAAGUAGGCUACAUGCUUUAAUAACUUAGUUAAUAACUGUGGUGGUUCUGUUGAUAUUUCUACAGCAGGUUGUACCUCAACACUGUCAUUAGGAGAGUCGAACAGGGACCUGCCAACUUUAAAAACUCACAUUAUACUCACGGUUUUUAAAAAGUCAAAGCUGCUGCUCACCCUCUGCUGCACCACGAGACUGUGUAAAACAUGGAUUGGGAUGUUACUUUUGCUGUAAAAUGGAUCAUGGUGUUGCUUUUGCUGUAAAAAUUGGCAUUUAAACUCAGGUACUAAAGGUGGAUUUCUUGGUGUUAACAACCAGCACUGAGUGGACGCAUGGUGUUAUGAAGAUAACGCAGACACCCCUCAUCCUUUACCUGCAACAACAUAUUCCCAACACCUAUUUUUUGUCACAUCUCCUGUCAGUUUUUUUUUGUUUUGUUUUUUUGGAGCUGACUUAAUCUAUUUUACUGCUUUUCUUUCUUAAAGAGAAUACAGGGAACUGGUCAAAAGAAGCUCUUCUGCUUACACCAGACAUGGACUAUUUUGAAAACUGUACUUCUCUGAAAGAAUGACUCAAGCAUGUACAGUCAUGGUCCACUCAUGUUCCUCAGACUGUGAAUAACUUUAUUUGUUCUUUGUAUAUGUUGUAUUCUUUAUCAAAUGUUCAUUGGGUCAAGAAUGUCAUAGAAUAUAUUUGUAAAAUUGUAUUUGAAGAAUGUUAAGAGACUUUUUGAGGAGCUGAACCAAAGAGAAAGUGUAACUCUUAUUGAAUGUUUGGUUUUGGCUUAAUUCUUUUGUGUAAUAACUGUAUAUAUCUAAGCUAUUUGAUUAAAUUAAAACUCUUGGUCGGGAAAAA